UGAAAUUUGACUCGCAACCGAACCGAAGACGGAAUCCUAUGAGCGCUACAUACAGAGCCUUUCUUCAUAGAGAAACAUGUAUUUUGUGCUUAAUGGCAGUUCCGAACAGUAAUUCAGUUCCGCUCCAAACUGUACUCAUUUCGUAGAAGCCAAUCCGAGUAAAACACUUGACUCUCUGUGUACUAUGUUUAAGAGGAUGGCUGAAUUUGGCCCAGAUUCGGGGGGUCGGGUGAAGGGAGUGACUAUCGUGAAACCUAUCGUGUUUGGAAACUUUGCACGAUAUUUUGGCAAGAAAAUAGAAGACGAUGGUCACACUCAUCAGUGGACAGUUUAUGUGAAGCCUUACAGAAAUGAGGAUAUGUCUGCUUAUGUCAAAAAAAUACAAUUCAAACUGCAUGAAAGUUACGGGAACCCUUUAAGAGUGGUUACGAAGCCUCCGUAUGAGAUUACUGAGACUGGAUGGGGAGAGUUUGAGAUCAUCAUAAAGAUCUUCUUCAUCGAUCCAAAUGAGAGACCGCAAGACCCUACAGCCAUGAUGCAACAGCUCCUGAACACCACCAGACAGCUGACGUUAGGUGCCUACAAACACGAGACCGAGUUUGCAGAGCUGGAGUUAAGAACACGAGAAAAAGUGGAAGCGGCGAAGAAGAAGACGAGCCUGGAGAUCUCAGAGCUGAAGGAGCGACUGAAAGCCUCCAGAGAAAACAUCAACUUCCUGAAGGGAGAGAUACGCAGACUGGAGGAGGAGGACCAGAUGAAGGAUCACUGAGGACUUCAGCAUCAUCAGACGGCUGUCCUGUAGCGGGAUGGUGAACACAAACACGCGGGAUUUAGUGGACUGAUCAAUUCACAUUUCUGGUUGUUGUCCAGAUCAUCAAAAUAUGUGCAAAUACGAACCUUUGUAGUUCUCACUGACUUGUUUUGUAUGAAUACAUUUUUUUUUUUUUUUUACAAAUAUUGUCUGAUUACUGUCCAGUUUUAUUUAAACAUUUUUUUAAUUAAAAUAUUUAGUUUCAAGCAGCUUUACUAAAUAUGAUCCCUUAA